GAUAACGUUUCAAAUCAAAUCGAAAGUGGCCGAAAACGGAGCAGGAGUGACGUGGCGGCACCGCGCCAAUAACCAGGACGGCACCACCUCACCGCCGUUAAGUGGCCGAACUCAGCGGUGAACCACCACUGCCGGCUAAUAUCUCAGCUCAACCACCGCCAACACAGCCGAGCCCCGCCCACAAUUUCCGCUCCACCUCACCGAGGACCACAACAGCCGCCGCCGGCCCUCCACACAGCGGCAUCUCCAUUUCGCCUAACACAGUGUUAGUAGCUUCGGGCAACUUCGAGGGUCAGGGUAGAGGUUCAUUGCAGAAACUCAGCGCUGCACCAAUAAGCUCGAGCAUCAAUUCAAAUCAUAUGAUCCCAGCUGUCGCUGAUACACUGAGCUUGAAGGGUUGUUGAAAGAAAUGGAGUUGGCAUUUGCUUCUCGCUUAUGCUUUCCCGCCCCAAAGCAGUACGGUCGAGAAGUCAACCGCUGUCCUUCAAAUGGUUAUGCCCCGAGGAGAUAUUACUCUCGGAAAAAAUCUCCAUAUACCGUAGCUUGCACUGCCCAACAGGCACAGUUAUCUGAGGUUGCAUUGGAGACUCAGAAACAUGAGUUACUACGAGCUGUCCAGGACACGCAGCGGGGUCUGGUUACAAAUGCCGAUCAACGCUCAUUUAUCGAAGAGGCUAUGGUUAGCCUGGAGGGAUACUGCAGUGGUGCACCAAUUGAUUUGGUGAAGUUGGAUGGCACGUGGCGUCUGCAAUAUACUUCUGCACCUGAUGUCCUCGUACUUUUCGAAUCUGCUGCUAGGCUUCCUUUCUUUCAGGUUGGGCAGAUCUUCCAAAGAUUUGAUUGCCGCAAAAAAUCAGAUGGUGGCUCUGUUGAUAAUGUUGUCCAGUGGAGUGUACCCAGCUUGUUAGAAGAAGAAAAUGGUGCAACUCUUCUUGUUUCUGCCAAAUUUUCAGUUGUCUCCGCCCGAAACAUCUAUCUUCAGUUUGAAGAGAUUAAUCUUCAAAAUUUUAAGAUCAGCGCGCAGUUGCAAGCACUGAUCACUCCAGCAAUACUACCACGCUCAUUCUUAAGCCUACAGGUUUUGCAAUUUAUACGGGCUUUCAAAGCUCAAAUACCGGUGCAGAAUCCGGGGAGUGCAGGCAAGGCGUUGGAGGGCUUUAUUACUUGUCAUAUUUGGAUCGGGACAUGCUUUUAGGUCGUGCUGUUGGAGGGGGUGGAGUCUUUGUUUUCACUCGAGCUCAGCCUCUCGACUUCUGAGCCCACCUGACACUGACUGGCUUCUACCAAGUAAAUGGAAGGUGGAGUUCACCGCAUUUCCGUGGGAGCACGCACAAUUUCUCACUUUAGAGUCCUUCAGCAAUGAUAACGACUUUGAUCUGUACUGAAUGGUAUUCUUUUAUCGAAAAUAACAAGAGUACAUUUCAAUUUCGAUAGUCUUUAGAAAAUUGUGAAGUUAUGUGCUGCCUUGUUGAGAUUGAAUUUCUUUUUUCAACGGAGAUAUUAUGUGAACACUUGGAAUAUAUCACCGAUUCAUCGCG